AGAGAGCGAAAAAGAGAGAGAGGAGGAGGGGGAAAAAAAGGCAAGACAUAGUAGGACAGAGAGUGUUGGAGGGCAGCAGUAUACUGUAACAUACUGCUGUGUUGUGAUUAUGGAGUGAGCAUGGAGCAGCAGGACCAAAACAAGUGAAGAUGGGGAUACAUUGAGGACACAGCUUGGCUUCAUGCCUGAUCAAUAAAAGGUAGAUUAGUUCAAAAUCUGAGCAUUAGAAAAGAGGGCUCAUUAACCAGCGCUGCUUUGCAGAACUGACUGUCUGCAGACUCCCCUGAGUUUGAAUUCUACCACCAAGGGAUUUGAAAUAUGAAGACAAAGUCACUACAAACCUUGAGGAUCUAUGAGGACAGAAAACUGAAAGCAGAAAACUAGCUCCUGACAUUUGGACUCAAGAAAACAAGACAUCUUGCAGCAGGAUCAAGCAAACGCUAAGACGGAUGUAAUGGUGCGGAAACACUGCCGCUCUCUCGAAUAAUCAGACUUUUGAGUCAGCCAGACAAGGGAUGGGGAGACGAGCGGCUGACCUGACAACUCCGGUUCCAGUUUUAGGUGUCCCUGCCCUGUUUGGAGUGCGUGGUUGGAGGACAACAGGAGGGGACAGAACCGGAGGAGUCCUGCUGCAGACUUGGGGACCUCAGUGCAGCGUUGGUGUUCAGACGUCCCCAGGGAUAAGCAGACCAUCCGCCCAGCACGGUGGACAGCUAACUGAUACGCUCUCGACGCCAUCAAAUAUCAUUACUCAAACAUCCAACAGCUAUAUUACCAAGGAAACGGAGUACAAGGAUAUAUCACUUUUAACAAAGAGUGACAAGGAGAAAAGGGCUAUUUUAAAACAGAAAAGUGGGGAAUCCAGAACAAAAAAGGAAGUGACUUUCAAAGCACUUGGAGGUGAGGCCUCUAAGGAUGUGGCCUUCAGUCAGAGGAACAGUUGUGGGACUUAUUGCUAUGCGAGGGCAAUCAAGACCAACCCACACUUUGCAGGGAAUAUAACCAAUGUCAGGCCAAAAUUGAAAUCUGCUGCCCGCUACACCAAUGGCAGCGUGGUUGAUUCUGAGGCGAUAGGUGGAAUUAGCGUUCAUAACGAUGAAGCAGAGCCUGUUAAAAAUGCAAACUCUCAUGUAAGAGACCAAACCAGACUGCAAGGUCAUUAUGCAGAGCGGUGUGGGAAGACGCUGCUGUUAUCUGCUGCCCGACCUUUCGGUAUGCCACAAAAAAUAUGCAGCCAUUGCGGUGGCAGACAGUCUACAACCACCGGACUUGUGACUUUGGGGGAGAAAAGCUCUACUACUGAUGAUUGUCUUGGAGAGAAACCAUUUAAGUUGACCGCGCUCUCGACUACCACACAUGUCCAGAUGCCCCUUAUCGAGAAAAACCUUAAGCCAAGCCAUCAUGAAAUCUCAGAGAGCAUCACAAACAUAGACAAAAGGACACACAAUAAUCCACAACUUUUAUAUUUUAGUGAAGAACUAAAGUACGGAAAAACACCACACCCAUCAUGCCCAGUGCACUCUAGGGACAAUUUGGUCACUUUGUCACAGUCACACGCUGCCAGUGAUGCAACAUCCCCUCAACCCACAACUAUCCUACAUGCUAAAACCAUCACUGUCACUAAAGCAACUAUUGAAACACGACAAGAGGAUGCCAGUAUAAAAUCGUUCGCGAAACCAUCACAGGACAGUAAGAUCCCCCGACCGACGAGUCUCAUGUUGACUCCACAGAUGGCCACAGCUACUAAACCAAACAACCCACAUUCACACACUUAUCCUAAGCACUUAAAAAUAUCACAACACAACUCGUCGCAACAUAAUGUCCCACUAAAUGUAUGUGUGGCUAUACACGCUACACCUGAAAAUGCUCUGUCGUCACCUUCACACACAUUCAUUGCCAACACACGCACUACAACCUUUAACACUGCACCGAUGUCUACUAAAAAUAUACUCGCUAAAGUUGCAAAUGCUCAACAUGAAACGCACGCAGCGCGAGUAAACAUAGCAAUAAAUACAACUGAUAGGCCACAAAUGACACCUAAAUCUCCCAUCGCAUCACUGACAGCCAAUGCAUUAGACCCCAUUCAUAAACCGGAAACAACUGCACAGCUUACAUCUGCAAGUCCACCACAUACCUCACGUGAUCCAGGUCACACACCACCAAUAACGGCAUCCUCAACUAUCGACAGCAAAUCACCAGGCAAAGCAUCUUUAAUUGACACAGUAAUGGACUCAGCUGGAUUCCCCACACCACGCCCAACUACACCACAUCGACUUCUCAGCACUGUUAUCCAACAUAGCACUUUGAAUCAUAAAUCUAAUUCAGAUCAAACUACGCAUACCAGCACUAAACAUAAAUUUGUGGCUCCACAAAUUCACCAAAUUCAACGGAACUCCUCAAAUUCUGAACCGACACUUCGUGUUUCUACAGCAUCUCUAAACGCAACACCAAGUUCAGUGAAACCCCUAGACUCAAGAGCUAGGUUGCCUUCAAGUGCAGCUCCCAGUCACACAUCAACAUACAGCAGCACUCUAUACAAAAAUAAAGCCCUCAGGUACUCCUCAAUCAAUCAGAGAAAUGCACCCCCCACAGCCUCCACCUCUUUAUCUACAUUGACAGGAAACCAAAGUAAUGUCUGUGCAUCAGGUACAACUUCACUUCAAUCAGCAGACACAACACAACACAACAAAGAUCUUAGUCAUAAUAAGGCGCCUCGAGUAAAUCAAUCUGAUCACACACAAGAAACAGACAGCAGAACUCAAACCGGUAAUGAAUCGGGUGUUUGCAAUGUUUUUAAUCAGGAAAACUCCACAACAACUCCAGUUUCAUUAUCUGAGCCGCUAAAUGUGUCAAAAAAUCAUAACAGAGGCAGUGAUGCGAGCACCCACUAUCCUCAACCAACCAUUAUUCCCAGUACUGAAUCACAUACUGAUAAAAACAAAUCCAGUGGUAAUCUAAUCAAUGAAUUAGCUGUGCAUGAGUCGAAUGACCAUGAAAAUUCAAAUCUGUCCCAGGUCACCAACCUUCAGAAUUACAUUUCCCUAAUUAAGUCAAGCAGCUCUUGUCCGCAGGGUUGCAUAAACACAGAACAACAAAGGCUCGCACAUUAUCAAGGGUACACAGAAACACAACAUGAGGGACACUGUGCUACAUGCCCAUCAGUAAAAACAGCCCAGGAGACAGAUUCAAAUACAGAACAGUUUGCUUUGGGUGUAUCAGUCAGGCAUGCCAAUAUUAAGCUGAAAUCCAAUGCAGAUAAACAGACACUUCCCAAUUAUUCAACACCCUCUGCCAAAGCACAAACAAACUGUGAGCCCACUAUUUCAUCACUGGAAAACACUGGUGCACACCCCAAAAUCAAACUUUCAGUCCACCAAAAUUCUGAUUCAGAUACUUCAUCACUACCACAAGCACACACAAGUCCAGAGCUUUCAUUCACUACAACAGUCCCUUUUAACAGCGAGGGAUUGCCUUGUACGCACACAGGCCCUGAAUGUAAUUCCAUACUGCCAUCAUCAACAAUGCACUUGGCAUCCCUUGCCCGACUCCAAUCCUGCGAGGCAGAGGCAAUUGUCAAACUGGAUUCAAAGUUUAGCCCUGCUCCCCCUCUGCCGUGCCCAGAGGACACCAGCCUGGCUCACUCCCACCCAGCUGCUGCAGCCCUGUUGCUGCCUCCUUCCCCACAGUGCUGCAAAUCAGCAGCCCUACAGCAGAGGCUCGAGAGUGUGGAGGCCAGCCUGGCAGCAAACAAGGACAGGAUCACUACUCUGCUUAACAUUAUCCAUGACCUGGAGACGUGCCACUCUCCCAGCAGCGGUCGGCGAUUCUACAAAACUGGACAGGACCUCAAAAACUGCUCAACGUGCCAGAAGACUGCUUGUAUUGUCUACAGCAGGGAAGUGUUUGCAGCACGGUCACUGGGGGAAAAAGGAGAUGGCAGGAAAGUGUGUGACACUCUGUAAUCUACUUCUGAACCUGCUUACCCUUACAGGAAGGAGCCGUGUAAAGAAUUGUCUGAUGGAACUGGCAGUGGAUGAGUCUGUUUAAAACAUUUUCUACUGAGAUACCAACAGCAGCACUGUGUCAGUGAGCCAGUGCCUGUGGAGGAGGUCACCAUGAUCUCCACAGCUCUCCGCUGGCUGGUUCUGGUGUCUUUUAUCAUUCUGACCAUUGGUGGGAAUGUGCUGGUAUGUUUGGCUGUGGGGCUCAGUCGUCGAAUGUGGCGCAUUGCUAAUUGCUUUGUGGUGUCCCUGGCAGUGACGGAUCUCCUGCUAGGUCUGCUGGUGUUGCCCUUUUCUGCCACUCUGGAGCUGCGCAGCGGGAAAUGGCCCCUCGGAGGAGCCCUGUGUAACAUCUACGUCUCACUGGAUGUCAUGCUGUGUACAUCUUCCAUCCUGACCCUGCUGGCCAUCAGUGUGGACCGUUACCUAGCCAUUUCGGCUCCCCUUAGCUACUCCCGGAGAGUUACCCCUCUGAGGGUGACCCUGGCCAUGAUCGCCAUCUGGGCCUUGUCACUAGCUGUGUCCUUUGUGCCCAUCCACCUGGGCUGGAACACAGCAGACUACAGAGUGCAGCACUUGGACUGGGGCAUUGGGGAGGAGGACAACGAGGGACACUACUGCCAGUUUGAGUGGAAUAACAACUAUGUUCUUAUUUAUGCCUUUAGCUCAUUUUACCUGCCUCUGCUACUUAUGUGUGGAAUGUAUCUCUGCAUAUUCAGAGUGGCACGAGAACAGGUGCGGCGGAUUCGUGCUGCCACUCCAUCAUUUGCACGCGCAGCAUCAACUGCAGCCGUAGCCCGAGAGCACAAAGCAACAGUGACCCUGGCAGCUGUGCUGGGGGCCUUUGUCAUCUGCUGGUUCCCCUACUUCACCUUCUUCAUCUGCAUGGGUGUAAAGAAGAAGACAAACCCCCCUAACACACUUAACUCUGUACUCCUAUGGCUGGGCUAUUUUAACUCCGCUCUUAACCCCAUCCUGUAUCCAGCCUUCAACAGGGAUUUCCGCAGGGCCUACGGAGAGCUGCUUCGCUGCAGAGGACCGUUUUGCAGAAAACCACAGCUUCCUCGCGUGUCUGCUCAUAAACGAUUGACCUUUACUAACGGACAAAGGGUUUCCCAACAGUCAGAGAAACAUACAGACACGGUUAAUAAAGAAACUGAGGGGAAGAGCCUCACUCUACAUGAGAUAAAUGGUAUUCCUGAAGAGCCACGGUGAAAUGCCAUGGAUCUGUUGUUCUGCUGAACUGUAGACUGGCAGCAAAAUGGUGUUAUUUACCAACUUUCUCCACUACUCAGAGUACAGGUUAGCUAACCAUUUACAAUAUCACACACACAGAUAUUUAUUGUUUAGUGCCAAACAUAAUACAAUUGGGUAAAACUUAUGUCACAACAUGAUAAAUGUACACUUUACAUGAACUGGAUACACAAUUAUUGCAUUAAGCAAAUCCAAUGUCAAUGUGCUUAAAUAAAGAUGCCCAAUAUUUUCUUGAUUACAUCAAAUGUUAUAUCAAUAUAAUGUUAUAAUUAUAGCUUGUUAUAACGUUAUCAAUGGAAUUUACCAGUAUUGAAAUGUCUUUUUUUUUUGAGAGGUGUAAAAAUUAUAUAAAAAUGUAAUUCAGAAUAAGGAGCAGUCAGAGCAGAGCUGAGUGGAGUGAAUAGAUGACUCAGUAAGUUUUCCAGCAAGCUACAUAGAGACACCAGUGGUUAAACGUUUGCAAACUGUGUAUUUUCUCUCCUCUCAACCCUGCCACUGAAAGUCAAUAAGUGACCAGCAAGUUAAUUUGAGUACAAAUACAAAUGUAUAUGUUUGACUUGACCCAAGCAGUGUAACAUUCACGACUUCCUGGAUGUUUUAACAGAUGAACUGCAACUGGACAAGACAUUCAUUUAACAAAUAAAAAAUAAAAAAACCCUCUGUGUUACAUUGAGGACAGCAAUAAGGUCAUUAUAAAACUGCUCUGAUUUUGUCUGACUGAUUUUUAAGACUUCUACUGGACAUGCACUGCAUCGCAUUGACUAAGUACAAUAGCAUCUACAUCUAGGAAAUUGUUUAUGCUUUGCUACCUCUAUGUACUGUAUAUGUAUGUAUGUAUUCUCAGGCAUACACUUCAGCAGUUAUAAUAUCUUGACACUGCAACGCACUGACAAAUGUGUUCAGUGGUAUAAGAUAAGGAUGAGAAAAGAUUAGGAAUGCAGAUGUGGUCCACUUGACAAAUUGUGAAAGAUAAGUUUAAAAUGGAAAAUUGGACAGAAAGCACGCUACCAGAUGUGAUACCAAGUUAUAUU